UUUUCCAUUGUCUCUCUCUGUCCCUGUCUCUCUCUCCCUCUCUCUCUCUCUCUCUCUCUCUCUCUCUCUCUCUCUCCCCGUUUGAAGAGUUUAAAUGUUGACGUCACCACAGUGUGUGUUUUUUCCCUGAAGUAACUAUGGCGGUUCUGAACUUUUCAAACUUUUCUUGAUUUUGUAAGUGUUUGUUCUGAUGGAGCAUCUCCAGGGAGCGUGGAAGACCAUCAGCAACGGCCUGGGGAUGAAGGAGUCGGCGCUGGAGAGCCCGUGUGUCUCCCCCACUGCCGCGCAGGACUUCCCGUACCAGCGCCGCGCCUCCGACGACUCCAAAAUCCCCGACUCCAAGGCCAGCAGCACCAUCCGGGUGUACCUGCCUAACCAGCAGCGCACUGUCGUGAACGUGCGGCCCGGUAUGACCCUCCACAGCUGCCUUAUCAAAGCGCUGAAGGUUCGAGGACUCCAACCUGAGUGCUGCGCUGUCUAUAAACUCCACGCAGGACACCGGAGUAAAAAGUCUCGUAUGGACUGGAACACGGACUCGACGUCGCUCAUCGGAGAGGAGCUCCUGGUGGAGGUUCUCGAUCACGUUCCUCUGACCACCCACAACUUUGUGAGGAAAACGUUUCUGAAGUUGGCGUACUGCGACAUGUGCCAGAAGUUCCUUCUGAACGGCUUCCGCUGCCAGACGUGUGGGUAUAAAUUCCACGAGCACUGCAGCACCAAGGUUCCCACCAUGUGUGUGGACUGGAGUAACAUCAGGCAGCUUCUAUUAUUUCCGACUCCCGGUGAAAGCGGCGCUCCGUCUCUGCCUCCCAUUACCUCUAGGAGGAUGAGGGAGUCCAUGAGCCGAAUGCCCAGCAGCUCAGCACACAGACACUCGACUCCUCAAGCGUUUAACGACAGCACGGUGUAUCCUCCUGCAGGGGGCGCUCUCUCUCAGAGACAGCGCUCCACCUCCACACCCAACGUACACAUGGUCAGCACCGCCCUGCCUGUGGACAGCAGCCUGAUCGAGGUGACUGACCUGUCUGUCUCUCUGUCCAUGGUAGAUUGCCUGAAUACUUCUCCUAGUUCCUGGUGCCGGAGAUUUUGUCUGAAGAGAAGAGAUGCGAUACGUCAUGGACAAGGUCACGGAUCAGCAGGAAGUUCCCCAAACCAGAGUCCGACUGGCUGGAACCAGUCCAAAACUCCGCCUCCAGCUCAGAAAGAGAGGGCGCCGCCCUUCAGCUCACAGGAGAAAAACAAAAUCCGUCCGAGGGAUAAGAGAGACUCGAGUUAUUACUGGGAGAUCGAAGCCAGCGAGGUCAUGCUGCACUCCAGAAUCGGCUCGGGAUCUUUCGGAACCGUUUACAAAGGGAAAUGGCACGGUGACGUCGCCGUCAAGAUCUUAAAAGUCACUGAUCCCACGCCGGAGCAGUUCCAGGCCUUUCGUAAUGAAGUCGCAGUUCUGCGGAAAACCCGACAUGUGAACAUCCUGCUGUUUAUGGGCUACAUGACGAAGGAUAACCUGGCCAUCGUGACGCAGUGGUGCGAGGGCAGCAGUCUGUACAAACACCUCCACGUGCUGGAGACCGACUACCAGAUGUUACAGCUGAUCGACAUUGCGAGGCAGACGGCUCAGGGCAUGGACUACUUGCACGCAAAGAACAUCAUCCACCGAGACAUGAAGUCCAACAACAUUUUCCUGCAUGAAGGCCUGACGGUGAAGAUCGGGGAUUUCGGUUUAGCCACGGUGAAGGCUAGGUGGAGCGGCUCUCAUCAGGUUGAACACCCGUCAGGAUCCAUAUUAUGGAUGGCUCCUGAGGUGAUCAGAAUGCAGGACAACAAUCCGUACAGUUUCCAAUCCGACGUUUAUUCCUACGGAAUCGUUCUGUAUGAACUGAUGACCGGCGAGCUUCCGUAUUCACACAUCGCUAACAGAGAUCAGAUUAUCUUCAUGGUUGGUCGAGGUUAUCUGUCUCCGGAUCUCACUAAGCUGUAUAAGAGCUGCCCCAAAGCCAUGAAGCGCCUGGUCGCCGACUGUAUUAAAAAAUCCAAAGAAGAGAGACCGUUGUUCCCUCAGAUCCUGUCCUCCAUCGAGCUCCUGCAGCACGCUUUACCCAAAAUCAACCGCAGCGCCUCGGAGCCGUCGCUGCACAGAGCCACUCACACCGAGGACAUCAACUCCUGCACUUUGACCUCCAUGAAGCUGCCCGUGUUCUGACGCCACAAGCUGGAGCUGAUGGAAACCACACCACGUCUUCAGACAUCUUCCUGAAAGCGGUGUAAUCAAUCUCUCUCUCUCUCUCUCUCUCUCUCUCUCUCUCUCUCUCUCUCUCUCUCUCUCUCUCUCUCUCUCUCUCUCUCUCUCUCAGAUGAAGGCGAAGAGAAAAAGGACUCUGUUGUAUUAUUUGAAGGUGAAGGAGGUCUUCAUGCACAAAAACCAGUCAGAUGAAAUCUGGGUUGUGUUUAAAAAGUGUAGAUACGUAAUUGUUACAGGUCUAAGCAUUAAAGGUUUAUGUUUACUGCUAUAUUUGACAUGCUGAAACGAGCCGCUGAUCGUCCUGCUGUUCAGCUAACAGCAGAAAUGUCACGGUUUUAUUUCUUAAACUACAGACGAUGUUAUUCUAAGCUUUGCUUUGCUGCAGGAGCGGAGAAGGAGCUCGUGUCCGUCACGGCGUGAAGGACGGAGGGUUUUAGUUUGAAUCCGUCCACACGUCUUCCGCCGUCGCCGUGCCUUUCCCUGCGUGUGGAGUUUUAUACGCUAGAGCGUUAAUGUUAACGUGCACAUCCUGUAAACAGAUCAGUGUUCAGAGUUUUAACGGUGUUGAUUUUGAAGAGUAGGACUCGAUGUUUUUAAGACCGUUUGAUUUUGAAUCAGCUGUGUAUUUCUGGGUUUUAUUGCAGACUCGAGUACAAACUGUUUAUCAAUAAUGGUUAUUUUAAUAAAAAUUUAAAUUAAAGUUAAAUACAAAAGCA